AUGCCUGGGAGUGCAGCAACACCACCUGCACGAGACAGCGCUGGCGCGGCUCAAAGGCGAGCUGGACCAGGACGGGCGCUCUCCUCUUCCUUGUUGACUGCAUUGACUGCGUUGACUUUCAGCUUGGGAGUGCUGCAGCAUCGCCUGCAUGAAGCAGCAUUGGUGCGCCUCAAGGGCGAGCUGGACCGGGAUGGCCGCUCCUCGGAAUUGAUCACCAACCCCUCCUCGCGUCCCUCCACCAGCCCCACCAGUCCUAGUAGCAGCAAGAGUCCCAGUUCGCCAGUCCGCAAGGGGCGUGGGAAGAAAGCAGCAGCGCAGCAGAGCGCGUUGGAGCAGUUAUGCACGGAUCUAACAGCCAUGGUUGCGCAAGGGGAGAUCGACCCGUCCCACCCCACGCUACCCCAACCCACCCUACCGCAUUCCUCCCUAUCCCACCACCAACCAGCAGCGCAGCAGAGCGCGUUGGAGCAGUUCUGCACGGAUCUAACGGCCAUGGCGGUGCAGGGAGGGAUCGACCCCGUGAUUGGCCGAGAGGAGGAGGUCGCCAGGGUGAUCCCCGCUCAUCGAACCAGCAACAACCAGCUGCUGCUAGGCGAACCAGGGGUGGGCAAGACGGCUUUAGAUCCUUGCUCGUCGCACCGUGAACAACCCUCUGCUGCUGGGCGAGCCAGGGGGGGCAAGACGGCCAUCUCCCCCUUUUCUAUGCCUCUGUUCGUCCUUUCGUCCCCUCUCUCACUCUUCCAUUCUCCCGCCCUCCUCUCUUGCUCCUUACCCCCUCAGAUCCAAGCUCGUCGCACCAAGAACAACCCGUUGCUGCUGGGGGAGCUGGGGGUGGGCAAGACGGCCAUGUAUAGCCCUCUUUUCACGCAACCGCUUCCCCCUGUUUCUCACCUCCCAAUUCUCGCGUUUUCUCCUUCUCCUCCCCCUCAGAUCCUCGCUCGUUGCACCAAGAAUAACCCUCUGCUGCUGGGCGAGCCAGGGGUGGGCAAGACGGCCAUAGCGGAGGGUUUGGCGCUGCGCAUCGCCGAAAACGAUGUGCCACCGUUCCUGCAGGUGAGAGGUCAUGUUGCUGGGGUGGAAAUGGGGACGGCCAUUGCAGAGGGGCUGGCGCUGAGGAUCGCCGAGAACGACGUGCCACCGUUCCUACAGGUGAGCGGUGUUGUGCUGCGGAGGGAAUGGGUUGACAGGGGGACAGGGUGCAUAGCAAAGGGGUUGGGCAAGGCAGCCGUAGGGGAGGGCUUGGCGGGAAAGCGCCUUCGGUCGCUGGACAUGGGGAGGGUGAUGGCAGGAGCAAAGGAGAGGGGGGAACUGGAACUCAGAGUGACUAUGCUGGUGGCAGAGGCAGAGGCGGUGGCAGCAGCGGGGGAGGUGAUCCUGUUGAUAGAUGAGGUGCAUACGAUGGUGGGAGCUGGCGCCGGGGGGAGGGGACGGGACGGCGGAGGAUCGGGAUUGGACAUCUCGAAUCUGCUCAAGCCUGCCUUAUCACGCGGCCAGAUUCAGCUGGAGCCGCAGGAAGGGGACGAGGCAGGUGGGGGUUCAGCUUCAGACAUCUCUAAUCUGCUCAAAACUGCUUUGACUAGGGGAAAGAUUCAGUGCAUCUCCACCACAACCACCAAUGAGUUUUGCGAGCACCUCGAGAAGGACAAGGCUCUGGCUUCGCAUCUAAUGCACUCCCACUUGCCCCCACCCUCCCCUCCCGCCCGCUUACACUCUAACCCCUCGCUUACACACCUUCUCCUCCUCAACCACCAGUGCAUUGCCACAACCACCACCAAUGAGUUUUGCAAGCAUCUGGAGAAGGACAAGGCUCUGGCUAGGCGCUUUCAGCCAGUCACUGUGGACGAGCCUUCAGAGGAGGCGGCUCUGGCGAUUCUGCACGGCCUGAGGCACCUAUACGAGGCACACCACAAGUGCACUCUCACGGACGAUACUCUGGCAGCAGCAGUCACCCUCUAUGCUUGUUUCAUCCCCGAUCGCUGCCUGCCCGACAGGGCAAUUGACCUGAUAGACAAGGCGGCUAGUAGGAGCAGGGUGGAGGGCAGCAAGGGGAGGAGGCGGCGGGCGAGUGGGGUGCUGGAGAGGGGUGCAGAGGAGUACUGGCGGGAGAUUCGCAUGGCGCAGGCUGCACACGAAGCGGUGAGAAUGGGUGCAAUGCGUGCCUCAAAGCGAGAAGCCUGUAGGAGCAAGGUGGAGGGUAGCAAGGGGAGGAGGAGGAGGGUGAGUGGGGUGCUGGAGAGGGGUGCAGAGGAGUACUGGCGGGAGAUCAGGAUGGCGCAGGCUGCACAUGAAGCGUGUGGCAGUAGAGCAGCGGGCAGGGGAGGCGGCCUGCCGCAAAGCUCUCACCUCAUUCACCUCUUUCCUCUCCCUCUGCUUGUGUUCCCUCACUCCUCAUCUGUUACUCCUCAUCUGUUCCCUUGCUCCCCUUUUUCCCUUGCUCUUUUGCUCCUUCGUUCACUUGCUCCCGUAUUCCCCGUGUCUGUUUCCUCUCAUCUCCAGGCCUGUGCCUGCUGGAAUCCCUCAGACUUCUCUCUUCUUUUCUCUGAUUGUGUCUCCCUUUGCAGGCACAUGUGCACCAGAAUCCCUUCACCUCGCUUCACCUCCUUCCUCUUCUCUAGACUCACACUCACCCCAAUACCACCACCGCUGCUGACGCCGCUGGUGCUUCUCACCCCCCCUUCUUCCCCCAACCCCUUGUUUCUUUCUCUCUUCCACAGGCAUAUGCUCGCCAGAAUCCCUUCACCUCGCUCACCUCAUUCCCUCUCUCAAGACCACGUUAUGCCGACACCACCACCGCUGCUGAUGCCGCUGCUUGCUGCUGGUCGCUCCAAGAGUGGCAUCACUGGCAGUGACAAGGAGGACGGCACCACGGCUGCUGACGCCGCUACCGCUGCUGGUCAGUCCAGGAGUGGCAUCACUGGCAGUGACAAGGACGACAGCCCCACGGAGAUCACAGCAGAGCACAUAGCAGCAGUGGCCGCCCACUGGACCGGUAUCCCCCUGCAGCAGCUCUCCCUCUCGGACCAGCAGCACCUGGCAGGGCUGGAAGAGGCACUAGAGACGCGCGUGGUGGGGCAGGGGGGCAGCUGUGCGGGUGAUAGCACGGGCGGUGCAGCGAGCGAGGGUGGGGUUGAAGGGGGAGGGGAAGGCCGGUGGCGGCUCUGCUGUUCUCGGGACCUACCGGGGUGGGGAAAACGGAGUUGUGCAAGGCACUGGCAGCUCACUACUAUGGAUCGGCCAUUGCAAGGGGGGGCACCCACCGAAUCGGCUUCCUCACUCCAGGAGAAUAUGCAUCUGCUGAUGGGAAUAGGGGGAGAGAUGGGGGCAGAGAGGGACGGGCGGAUGCGGGGCGGGCAGUAUGCGGCAAUGAGGGAGGUGGUGAUGGAGGAGUUGAAGGUGCACUUCCGGCCUGAGCUGAUGAAUCGCAUUGACGUGGUGGUGGUGUUCCGAGCAUUGGAGAGGGGAACAGCACAAGUGGGGCGGUAUGCAGCGAUGAGGGAUGUGGUGGUGGAGGAGUUGAAGAUGCACUUCCGGCCAGCGCUCAUGAAUUGGAUUGAUGAGGUGGUGGUGUUCCGAGCAUUGGAGAGGGGAACAGCGAUGAGGGAGAUGGUGGUGGAGGAGUUGAAGGGGCAUUUCCGGCCAGAGCUGAUAAACCGGAUUGAUGAGGUGGUGGUGUUCCGAACUUUUGAGAAGGAACAGGUGAGCAUGCAAGAAGCGAGGCUGUGCUGGCAGCGGGGGAAAGCAGCAGCAACACCAGGCACCGCCACCGCCGCGUCAGCAAGCAGUGACCUGUCGGAAUCUCUACCAUCCGUUCCUUCGGUGCUGCUCCCUGCGAUCGCAGCUGACGCCAAAGAAGAUGACACCAGCGCACCCCUGGGUGACGUCAGCGGGGUCAGGGAGGGCGCGUUCACAGCUGGCGACACAGCACUGGUGGAUGUCGGGGAGGAUGGGGAGCCGGUGGUGAUCCGCCUGCCUCGCCCUGACGUGUGUGAGAUGGGUCUGUGCCUUCCGUUUCUCAAGCUCCCUGCUGCCGCUGCUCCCACUCUGAGGGAUGCUUUCGGUCGCUUUUUGGAACGGAAAUGGAUGUGA